GUGAAAUUCUUCAAGCGAAUUGGUGUGAUAGGCGUGUGGGCUUAUUAGCCAUUAAAAAAAUUACAUUAUUACAUUAAAAACCAAGUAAAAAGCCAAUAUUUCACUCUAAUUUCAUAAAAUUAUUGCAGAGUUAAUGGGUGAGAGUAGUUUAAUUUAAUUAAUCUAAAGAAGUAAGCAGUUUUCGCUCCAAAGUGAAGAACAUAAGUGAAUUUGCGUCAUAAAAACGCCUAAUUUUAUUUGCUUACAAACAUAAUUGACACUAAAAAAAUAUCAGGACAAAGCUUAAAGUUUUUAUAUUUGUGGUACUAUUGCAAAAAGACUCAUAAUUAAAGUAAAAAAAAGUUUUAUUAACAUAUAACAUUCCAAUUGCACAAAUUGCUGGGCAGAAGGGUGACGGUGCAAAAGGGGCGCCAACAAACUGGUAGUACUGCCGAUGACUCAUCGUUGAUAAAAUCGCAACGCACACCGCCUAAACAAAAGCAAACGUCAAACGACGUAGCGCCGACUGACAGCAGCAACAGUUCCAAGGCCUCGUAAAUACAUAUUUCGUGUUGACAAAAAAUCAAAACAGCUGCGCUGUUGUGUAUAUCUCAACAGUGACGUCAUCACAUUGGGGAUAAACAUUCAUACAUAUAAAUCAAGGAAUUUACUAUGAAAACCACUAUCAGUGCAACAACAACUACCAACACAGCUGCGACGGUUAACAGCACCGUACCCUCGGCGACUAUCUUACCCAAAACGGAAGCGAACGAUUUAAAUUUGACUUUCCAAACACCAAACGCGGCAGCACCCAAUAGCAAUAAUUCGGCGGUGGUAAACCCAAAUAAACGACCAAUUUCUUUGGAUUUGAAUAAAAUGGCGGCAAAAAAGCAACGUCUAGUGCCACCGCUAAACAUCGAUUCACCUAUUUUGGAUAAUAUGAAGACCAUUAAUACACCUGACAUUGAGAAGAUCUUACUUAGCAACGUAAUGCCGACACCGCAGCCGGGUGUUAUAUUUCCUGGCAAACCCAGUGAUGUAACCUCUGAGCAGGAAGCAUAUGUCAAAGGUUUCGAGGAGGCUUUGAGUAAUUUGCACCAGAGCAAGAAAUCGCAGGCGGCACAAAUAACCAACAGCAGUAGUGGUAACGUGAUAACUACAUCCACUGUAACCAACACGAGCGCUGCAGCGGUUGUCGGUACCGGUGUAAGCGGCGGAUCCUUCACAUACACCAAUUUAGAAAACUUCCCCGUUGCCAUCAAAGAUGAGCCGCAAAAUCCUGGCUCACCAGCCGCACUCAGUCCUAUCGAUAUGGAAACUCAAGAGAAAAUCAAGUUGGAACGUAAACGUCAACGUAAUCGUGUUGCAGCCUCCAAAUGCAGAAAACGUAAGCUUGAACGCAUAUCAAAAUUAGAGGAUAAGGUGAAAAUAUUAAAGGGUGAAAACUCUGAACUGGGCGCUGUGGUUAAAACAUUGAAAGACCAUGUCGCUCAACUGAAAGAACAAGUGAUGGAUCACAUGAAAUCCGGUUGUACCAUCUCGAUGUUAGCGGAACAGAGUUUAUUGGCCGGUAAAUAACAUGAGGACUUUGUUGUAAGCGCGAGCAAAUUAGAACCAAGGCGAAAACCGAAAAUAGUGCAUCAUGAAACGAAAUUAAGACAACCAAAGCAUGAGUUAGUGAGAGAGCGUGAAACGUGUGCUAAAAUUGAGGCAAUAAAAUCAGAAAGCGAUGGAAGCAUUUUCAUACCAAAUAAACAACAAAAAUGUAACACCUACAAUAAUCCAAUUAAGCUGGCUUGCA